AUAGAGGGCCGCGCAAGAAUGGGCUAUUUGCGUGCGGCGACCCUGAUGAGGCUUUCGACUUUGCCCAAGCAUAAGCUUUCGUCAUCCCGAGUGCCCCGCGGGCCCUUUCCCAUUUUUUGCUCCACAAUUUCUGCGGAGAAAGAAGUAGGAAGCGUACUGCCGGACUCGGCUUCAGACCAGACCGCCGUUGCCCCGUCUCCCUCUCUCCAAUCUCCAUCUCACCACACCCACCCGACACAGUACCUAGGUAUCUCAGCGUACCCUUACUUUAGCCACCGCCCCCUGUAAGAAAAAUACGGCGAUCUCUGAUACGGGAUAGCCGCUGGGGAAACUGUUGCAUAGCUCCCGGUCCUGGCAGCCGAGCCGUUGCUACAUCCCGCAGUGUAGUGUGCUUUUGUGUGAGUGGUGGUGUUCGUGGUGGUGUGUGAGGACCAAGCCCCUGGCUGCUUUGCCUUCCUAUUCCACCGACCUGCGUUAUCCGAAGCUAGUAACCGCAGAUUCAGAGUCCAGGUUUCAGGGCCGGGCAGGCAACUUAUAAACCGGAUCCUCCCUUUUUCCCCCGCGCCGCCGCCGCUACUUCGGCCCCCCUCUUCUUCCUUUCCUAUGUUCCUUGCCCGCGCACUCGGCAGGAGCUCUGGUGUUCGAAUAAUACCUGCUCCCGUCUCUACUUCAUCUUUACUACACCGUUUCAGGAUAUCAUCAUCGUCGUCGUCGUCUUCUUUUACAGGUUUCAGGAUGGUUUCGACGCUGCCCAAGCUGCCCGUUUUCGAGGCAAUCUCCAAGCAUGACCCGGAGUCAACUGUGGUUAUUCACUCCAAGAGCGGCCGGCGCUUUCAGUACGGUGAGCUGUUGGGGGAUGUAGCCAAGGCCAGGGAUCGUCUCUAUGAGAGCGCCGGGAGGGAGGAUCUGGAUGGUGAGCGUAUUGCUUUCUUGGCCGAGAACAGCUACGACUAUGUGGUGACUCUCCUGGCCAUCCUCGGGGCCAAGUCCAUUGCUGUGCCCAUGUCUCCGGCCUUUCCAGCCUCGGAGCUUCAGUACAUCUUGAACCACAGCGAGGCAUUGAUGUUGUUAGCCACCGGCAAAUUUGCCUCCAAAGCUCAAGAAGUUCUCAAGACAGAGCUGGAUGUCCAACCAACCUUCCUCCAGCUCGACAAGCUCCAAGGUGGAGGCCCCCACGAAAAGGUCACACUCGACAAGUCUAGCCCCGGUUCCGCCGGUAUGAUGCUGUACACCUCUGGUACCACCAACCGACCUAAAGGCGUCCUCAUCCCCCAAGCCGCCAUGACAGCCCAAGCCCGCUCCCUGAUCCAAGCCUGGGAAUACGCCCCCUCCGACCACCUGCUGCACCUCCUCCCCCUCCACCACAUCCACGGCACCAUCAACGCCAUCUUCACCCCCCUCUUCACAGGCAGCUCCAUCGAAUUCCUCUACCCCUUCAACGCAGACGCAGUAUGGAAACGUCUGGCCGCCCCCUUCACCACCACCCCCCCCCCUGACCAACCCAAAAUCACAUUCUUGACCGCCGUCCCAACGAUUUAUUCCCGGCUCCUAUCCAGCUUCAAAACCCUCCCUGAAGACCUCCAAGAACCCGCCAGGGAAGCCAUCUCCCCUGCCCACCUCCGCCUGACAAUCUCCGGUUCCGCCGCCCUGCCCACCCCCAUCAAGCGUGCCUGGGCGGACUUGAGCAAGGGGAACAUUUUGCUCGAACGCUUCGGCAUGACAGAAGUAGGCAUGGCGCUCUCUUGCGGCCUCGAUCCGAACGACCGGGUGGAUGGCUCCGUCGGGUGGCCUUUACCCGGGGUAGAAGCAAGAUUGGUAGAUGUUGACACGCAUCAAGUCAUUGAAAAGGGGCAGGAAAAGGACCUCGAGACGGGAAGGGAGAGGGUGGGGGAGAUUCAGCUUCGGGGGCCGACGAUUUUUGCAGAGUACUGGCGUAACGAAGAGGCUACGAAGAAGGAGUUUGUGGAAGGGAAAGACGGGAGGGGGUCGUGGUUCAAGACUGGUGAUGUUGCCGUCAGGAGACCUGGUCCGGAAAAGGCGGGGAGGAGCGAGAUGAAGACUCAACGGGAGUGGGCGAGGGGGGAUAUGUAUUUUAUUCUGGGGAGGAAGUCGGCUGAUAUUAUCAAGUCGGGGGGGGAGAAGGUUUCAGCGUUGGAGGUGGAAAGGGAGAUGUUGUCUCUGCCUCAGGUGGCCGAGGUUGCCGUGCUGGCGGUGCCGAGUGGGAAGUGGGGGCAGAAGGUGGGCGCGGUGGUGAUUUUGGAUAGGGAGCAUUGCAAGGAGGGGAAGUGGUCGCCGUUGGAGAUGAGGAGGGCGUUGAAGGAGAGGUUGGCGGGGUAUAAGAUCCCACAGGUGCUGAGGGUGGUGGAUCAUAUUCCGAGGAAUGCGAUGGGGAAGAUUAAUAAGAAGGUGCUGGUGAAGGAGGUUUUUAGGGAGGAGUUUAGUGGGGAUGAGAUGUAAGAUAGAAAGGGGCAAGAGAGAAAGAAAAUGAUAGAAUUAGACUCUCCUAUGGUAUAGAUUCUUUGGGGGUUUAGAAGGCUAGUACUAAUGAUGAGUGUGCAUGAUGCUGGGAGUUUUCUGAUCAAAUAAUCGCAUUGUUUGGUCUGGGAUGUAAUAGAGUGAGGAGGCACAAUUGAAUUGACCCAUCGUGUCUUUCUUUUCA